AUGCACAACGUUCCCGAAGUGACUAUUCUACCGGAUGUGCGUUAUUCCGAUAUCAUUGUGCUCACCGUGGAUACGGUGCGUUGUGGACAUCUGAUUGAAAUGCUUUUGCUGGCGAAAAAACCUGUUAUCUGUAUUGGCCCCACCGGGACGGGAAAAACGAUGACAAUUAUGCACAAGCUCACACGUAACAUGCCAAAAGAAUACUUAUCAGAUUGCCUUGUCUUCAGUGCGAAAACCACCGCACGCCAGACUCAAGAGCUGAUCGAUAGCAAGCUGGACAAACGGCGAAAGCAAGUGCACGGGCCGCCGAUGGGCCGGUUUCUGGUGUUUUUCAUUGAUGAUCUGAACAUGCCUGCUCUUGAGGUCUUCGGCGCUCAGCCCCCAAUCGAGCUGAUUCGUCAGUGGAUGGACUUCGGUGGAUGGUACGACUCGAAGAACAUCGGAGAGUUCCGCAAGCUUGUUGAUAUGAACUUUAUCGGUGCCAUGGGUCCACCAGGUGGUGGACGCAACCCUUUUACGCCGCGCCUAACGAGACACAUUAACUUUUUGGCUUCCAAUGAACUGGAUGAACAAAGUAUGCGAACAAUCUUCGGUGUGGUGCUCAAAUCAUGGCUGUCUCGACCAGGCUCAGACAAACCUGCCGCACAGCUCCUGCAGCACGCGGAUGCUCUUGUACAAGCUUCCAUCCAAGUAUACACAACGAUUCCAUCGCAACUUCUACCAACCCCGGCCAAGAGUCACUACACCUUUAACAUGCGAGACUUGUCAAAGGUGUUCCAAGGCAUGCUAAUGGUAGAACCUGGCAGUUUGACUGGUAGUCUGGAGCAGCUGCUUCGUUUGUGGUUCCAUGAGUCGUCUCGAGUGUUCCAAGAUCGCCUUGUCAACGAGGCGGACCGUGGCUUGUUCCGUGAUUUGAUCAGCACCAAAUCCAAGGAGACAAUCCAACUUACCAUAACUGAUUACGUUAAGUCUGAACCACUGCUGUACGGUGAUUUCUUAACCGCUGCUGCAAGUGAUGUGUGGAAAUACAUCGAAAUGACAGAUCACUCGCAGGUGCUGCAAGUGAUGGAAGAAAAUCUGGAAGAUUACAACCAAGUCAGCACGGCCAAAAUGAAUCUGGUUCUCUUCAUGUACGCGAUAGAACACAUUUGCCGCAUCGCGCGUAUCAUUCGACAACAUCAGGGCAACGCUCUUCUGUUGGGCAUGAGCGGCAGUGGUCGCCAGAGCCUGACUCGAUUGGCAGCACACAUGGCCGAGUACGAGUGCUUCCAGAUCGAAUUGUCCAAAACCUAUGGGUUUACAGAGUGGCGCGAAGAUUUGAAGAAGAUUAUGCUCACUGCUGGUAUAGAUGACAAUCCAGUGAUCUUCUUAUUCUCGGACACUCAGAUCAAAUCGGAAUCAUUCCUGGAAGACAUCAACAACAUUCUGAAUGCUGGUGAUGUGCCCACUAUUUACAGUCUCGACGAUCUUGACAAAAGCUAUGACGCCAUGAAGUUAAUAGUCAGUGAGCGAGGAUUACGACCAACAAAAACCAAUCUAUUCAACUGUUACACUAAGAGAGUUCGUGACAACCUCCACACCGUAAUCACCAUGAGCCCCGCUUGGCGUGUUUUCCAAAAUCUACGGAAUGAAGAAGCAAGAAGUGAUCGCCGCUCGAAACAGAACGAAAACCGGUUUGGACAAACUUUUUCCACCGAGGAAGUGAUCUCAAAGUUGCAAGAAGAGCUGGAGGUGAUGAAAUCAGAGCUGGAGAAAGCUGUGGAAGAAUCCAAAGUGAUCGUAGAAGAGAUAGCGCGUGAUUCCAAGAUUGCCGAAGAGACACAGAAAGUGAUGUUGUAUGAGGAGCAACAAGCAACGAAGAAAGCCUAA